UCUCUCUCUCUCUCUCUCUCUCUCUCUCUCUCACAGUGACACAGCAGCUCAAUCGAAGGCUCAGCAGCCCCCUCUCUCGCAAUACCUAACCCAAAACAUCCAGCAGGUUAAUGAAUUCUUGGUCGUCGGAGUCAAUCCAAAGACCAUCGUGUACUGUCUACUACUCUCUCCUUUUUCGUCCAAUACCCAGAAAAGAAAACAAAAAACCCACCACUGAUUUUAAAAGUAAUUUGCUUUUCCGCAAAAAAAAAAAUAACUUUUGUUUCAAACCCAGCUUCUUGUUCAAUCCAUUUCUGCUCAUUCCCUAAUCUCUCACAAACUCAGUCUUACGGAGAUGCUAUUUUCUAAACGUUGAGCUUCUAAAACCCUAGCAAGAGUAAGAGAGAGCUUCCUCGCAGUCUAUAUGAGCUUCGUUCGUUCAAAUAUGGCGAUUCUUAAAGCACUGAAAUUGUUUUCAAAAACCUUUUCAUCACUUUCUUCUCAUCCACUGCGUGUCUGCGUGGUUGGUAGCGGACCCGCUGGGUUCUACACUGUCGAAAAGAUGUUGAAGGCCCAUGAAAGAGCGGAAGUUGAUAUAAUUGAUAGAUUGCCGACUCCGUAUGGAUUAGUCCGGUCUGGCGUAGCACCUGAUCAUCCCGAGACAAAGAUUGUGACCAACCAAUUUUCACGUGUUGCACUAAAUGAACGUUGUUCAUUCUUUGGGAAUGUGUCUCUUGGAUCUUCUGUAUCCUUGUCUGAGCUCCGGGAGAUAUAUAAUGUGGUAGUGCUUGCCUAUGGUGCUGAAAGUGAUAGAGUUCUUGACAUUCCUGGAGAAGAUUUGACUGGGAUACACUCUGCCAGAGAAUUUGUUUGGUGGUAUAAUGGGCACCCAGAUUGCAGAAAUUUGGCUCCAAACUUGAAGAGCACUGAUACGGUUGUUAUUCUUGGUCAGGGCAAUGUAGCUCUUGAUGUUGCGCGCAUCCUUUUACGACCAACGAUGGAAUUGGCAACAACUGAUAUUGCCUUCCAUGCUUUGGCUGCUCUGGAGGAGAGCUCCGUAAGGAAAGUGUAUUUGGUUGGAAGACGUGGACCAAUACAAGCAGCCUGUACUGCAAAAGAGCUGCGUGAAGUUUUAGCUGUUAAAGACCUGUAUGUAAACAUCCACGAAGCUGAUCUGCUUAAAAGCCCAAAAGAUGAAGAAGAACUAAAGAAUAAUCGAAUUCGGAGGAGGGUUUAUGAGUUGCUCUCUAAGGAAGCCACCUCGGGACCAUCCCAUCCUACUUCUGGUCAACGUGAACUCCACUUUGUUUUCUUUCAAAAACCAGAUAGGUUUCUCGAUUCAGAAAGGGGAAAAGGCCAUGUUGCUGGUGUGCACUUCGAGAAGACAAUGCUCAGAGAAAAUGGUGACUCUGGGAAACAGAUUGCUGUUGGUACAGGACAAUUUGAAGACCUUAAAUGCGGGUUGGUGCUGAAGAGCAUAGGCUACAAAUCGGUACCAGUUGAUGGUUUGCCCUUUGAUCAUCACAAAGGCAUAGUUCCAAAUGUUAAAGGCCGUGUUCUGAAAUAUUCUUCGGGAAAUCUUACACAAUUUGAGGGUUUGUAUGUGUGUGGCUGGUUGAAGAGAGGACCAACUGGGAUCAUUGCUACGAACCUCUACUGUGCUGAAGAAACUGUUGCAAGCAUCUCUGAAGACCUUGAGAAAGGUGUGUUAACAUCCACCUCUACAUCGUCAAAGCCCGGCAGAGAGGGACUCCUCCAGUUAUUAGAUAGUAGGAAUGUGAGAGUUGUUUCCUUCAAUGACUGGGAAAAGAUCGAUACUGAAGAGAAGAGGCUUGGAAGAUUGAGAAACAAGCAGAGAGAAAAACUAACAACGUGGGAGGAGCUACAAGAACUUGCCAUGAAAUGA